AGAGCAGUACAGCUGUGCUCCGUGGCUAACAGAGAAGCUAACAGGCUAACCUUAGCGGUGGUAGUACCAGGCUCCGGUGACCAAACAAGAGACUCGACAGCGACUUUGACGCUCCGAAUCGAACAUGGGGAAAGGCGGAGGCACAUUUGAGAGGCUGAUCGAUAAAGCCACCAGUCAGCUGCUGCUGGAGACAGACUGGGAAUCCAUCCUGCAGAUCUGUGAUCUCAUUCGACAAGGAGACACACAGGCUAAAUAUGCCAUCGGAGCCAUUAAGAAGAAGCUGAAUGACAAAAAUCCACACGUUGCCCUGUACGCACUGGAGGUGCUUGAGUCAGUUGUGAAGAACUGUGGCCAAACAGUCCAUGAUGAGGUGGCAAGUAAACAAACUAUGGAGGAACUGAAGGAUCUGCUCAAGGAACAGACUGAAACUAAUGUCAGAAACAAGAUCCUUUACCUGAUCCAGGCCUGGGCUCACGCCUUCCGCAAUGAACCCAAAUACAAGGUGGUUCAAGACACUUAUCAGAUCAUGAAAGUGGAAGGUCAUGUGUUCCCUGAGUUUAAGGAGAGUGACGCAAUGUUUGCAGCUGAGAGAGCCCCAGACUGGGUUGAUGCUGAGGAGUGCCAUCGGUGCAGAGUCCAGUUUGGAGUCAUGACAAGAAAGCACCACUGUCGAGCCUGUGGCCAGAUUUUCUGUGGCAAGUGUUCGUCUAAGUACUCCACCAUUCCGAAGUUCGGCAUUGAGAAGGAAGUGCGUGUUUGUGAGCCCUGCUUUGAGCUGCUCAACAACCACCCCUCCCUCUCUCCCCCACUUAGGAAAGCUGAAGUCAAAGCCCCGAGUACCACAGGUACUCCUGAACUGCCUCCUGAGUACCUGACCAGCCCACUGUCCCAGCAGUCGCAGGUCUCACCACUUCUCUCUGACCAGAUGCCCCCCAAGAGAGAUGAGGCCGCCCUGCAGGAGGAGGAAGAACUGCAGCUGGCCAUUGCCCUGUCCCAAAGUGAGGCUGAGGAGAAGGAGCGCGCGAGGCAUAAGAACUCGUACUCGGUGUAUCCCAAAGCUGAUCCCACCCCAGUGACCUCCUCAGCACCACCAGUCAGCACCCUCUACACCUCCCCUGUGAACUCCUCUGCUCCAUCAGCUGAAGAUGUCGACCCUGAGCUGGCCCGCUACCUGAACAGAACAUACUGGGAGAAGAAACAGGAAGAGGCUCGCAAAAGUCCCACCCCAUCAGCCCCUGCCCCUGUGCCACUGGCUGAGCCUGUGCCAACAAUCACUCAGCCUGUAGAAACUCAUGUCCCUGUCCAGCCAGUCAGCAUAGUGGAGCAGCAGUACCAGAACGGGGAGUCGGAGGAGGACCAUGAUCAGUUUCUGAAGGCUCUGCAGAACGCCGUCUCCACUUUCCUUAACCGGAUGAAAAGCAACCACAUGCGUGGACGCAGCAUCACCAAUGACAGUGCUGUGCUCUCCCUCUUCCAGUCCAUCAACAACAUGCAUCCACAGCUCCUGGACAUCCUCAACCAGCUGGAUGAGAAACGAUUGUACUAUGAGGGGCUGCAGGACAAGCUGGCUCAGGUGCGUGAUGCCCGGGCAGCUCUCAACGCCCUUCGUGACGAACACAGGGAGAAGCUGCGUCGUGCUGCAGAAGAAUCAGAGAGGCAGAGACAGAUCCAGCUGGCACAAAAACUGGAGAUAAUGAGGCAGAAAAAACAGGAGUACCUGGAGAUGCAAAGACAGCUGGCCAUCCAGCGCCUCCAGGAGCAGGAGAAGGAGAGGCAGAUGCGCCUGGAGCAGCAGAAGCACACAAUCCAGAUGAGAGCACAGAUGCCUGCGUUCUCUCUGCCCUACGCCCAGAUGCAGUCAUUGCCCCAGAACGUGGCAGGAGGGGUGGUGUACCAGCCUGGUGCUCCACCCAGCUACCCAGGCACCUUCAGCCCUGCUGGUUCUGUGGAGGGUUCACCAAUGCAUAACAUCUAUAUGAACCAGCCUGGGCAGGCUGCACCUCCACAGUAUCAGGCCAUGCCCGGCCCUCCCACAGAUCCGAAUAUGGUUAACGCGUACAUGUACCAGCCUGCGGGAACAAACGGGCAGCCUGGUCCUCCACCUGGUCAGGCUCCACCCAAUACAAGUCCACCCUACUCCAACUAUCAACCCACACCCACACAGGGCUACCAGAAUGUGGUCUCUCAGGCCCAGAGUAUGCCUCCCAUGUCCCAGCCUGCACCCACGAAUGGUAUGGGUUAUAUGGGCUACCAGCCAUACCCCAUGCAGAACAUGAUUUCAGCAUUGCCAGGACAGGACCCCAAUAUGCCCCCCCAACAGCCAUACAUGCCAGGCCAGCAGCCCAUGUACCAGCAGGUGGCUCCCCCCGGUGCCCCUCAGCAGCAACAGCAGCAGGUGGCGCAGCAGCAGACCCCUCAGGCUGUGCCGGGCAGCGCAGAGGCACAGCUCAUCUCCUUCGACUGAAAGCCCUGAGGCGCCAGAGUCCCACACACUACGCCCUCUCUCUUCCUUUGGUCUUUCCUCUCUCUCUCUGGACUUUCAGGAUGCCCUCUGGAAACACACACACACACCUCCAACCUUCCACCUAGCUAUGAUGUUGUGGCAAACGUGAAAUAUUGUGAUGAUAAUGCGCUCCUUGCCUCUCCCCCACUGAAUUACGGGAACCUGAGGUGGAAGCUAUGAGAGAGGGCACCUUAACCCAGAUCCCCUCCACCCUCCUCGUCCCUCUUUCCACCUGACAUGUAUUUAGUACUUCCUUAUUAAAUUAAUAACUGAAGCUCAGAAAUAGUUGUGGUAUUAAAGUUAAAUAUGAAUAAGAAAAUAUAACAAACGAGAAGAAAACAAAUAUAACCGUCCUUUGUCUCAUAUUUUUCUAAAGCAAAAUUUGCAUGUUAAAUUUCAAUUAUUUUCUGGAUUGGAAGUUAAUUAUCUCAGUUUGGGGAGCACCUGAGAGACAGCAGGGUUUGUGCUUUUUUGAAAGGUUAUGGCUCUGUGGAAAAAUAACUGUCUGGGGAUCGCAGUCACAGGCCCUAAAAUGAACGGCGCUAACUCUCCACGUCCAUCAGGUUCACAGCUUGACAUUCCAGUUGUAGUUUUCAGUUCCAUCCGUUCCAUGCGCACAGAUACUCACACACUUGGGUCCUCUUAUCUUGCUUUGGCAUUUAUUUGUUGUGCACUGCUUGGACUUUUAAGUGUUUUAAUGUUGUUUCUGAGAUGAUGAAACAGGGACAUGAGAAAAGUAGCUUGAUGGUUGUUUUAUCCUCAGUAAAUCUACAUUAAUAUUGAUGUCAUUGAAAUCAAACAACAAGAAACCAUUCAAUUGACAUACUAUAGCAAUCCAAAAACUCUAAAAGCAUCAGGCCACCCUUUUUAUUAAAAUAACUAAUGGAAUAUACCAUGAGAACAUAACAAAGCAUGGGAUGUUGCAUCGUGUUUGCAUCUAGUUAUAACAGUCACAAUUGAGGCUAACAACAUAAUAACUACAGGUGGGCUUUCUUAUUAUUUUUUCAAGUGUACUUUGCUCUCCAGAUGAUUAGAAGUUAUUGCAGGGUGACAUGAUGUGCUGCAUGUAUGUAUGUAUCACACCCCCAAUCAGUGAUUUCUGUUGCCGUUCAGUUGCCAUCUGUGAACUUCUUUAUUCCAUCAUACUGAUCUGUCUGACUUACAAAGUAAUUUUCAAAUUAUAUUUAAUAAAUAUCUGGUUCCUAUUGUC